GGUGGCUACAGUAGGCAGCUCAGAUGUGCUAGCAGGGGCGCCGCGGCAUCUGCAAUGCCUCGCGCAGGCAUCCGUGCUGAUGGCGCGGGGUCGCGCAGGCAUCUGCCAUCCCUCGGCGCAGGCAUCUGGACUGCCGCGGCGACCCGCCCCAGGCAGCUUCGAACCCCCGCGCACGCAGCCAAAGCUGGCUCGGCAGGGUACCCGGCUCACCCUUACAACCAGAGGCCACCGGCAACUUUUUGGAUUUCCUACCCUCCUGGCGGACCCACACGAGGAUUACGAGCGCGCGGCACAGGGCCUGCCGCCGCGCGCUGUGGUGCGGCGGGAGGACCUGCCAGCAGCUGCGGCUGCAACGCUUGGCGCCAUUAGGGACACCCUGGCGCGCCUUUGGCAGAAGGUACGCUGGGAACGGCGGCACUUUGAGACGCUGUGGCGGUUGGCCAUCGACGCAGUGCCGCUGCCGGGAAACUCGCAUAUGCCGUUGGCUCGCCGUGAGCCAUGCGGCUGUGGGCAGCACGGCCAUGGGGGCGCCGCGGCGGAGGCACACGCCGCCGCCGCGCCCACGCCACGGCAGCACCACUUCUGGGAUUGCGCGGUGGCGAAGGCCGUGGUGGCGCAGAUCAACGCGCACAACCCCGGUCCGUCUCCCAUCAGCCAAGCCCAGCUGUGGCUGGUCCAGGCGCCGCCGGGUUUUCAGCAGUGUGUUUGGGACGUGGUGGUGAUGGCGGCGCUGGCCGCCACAGAACAUGGCCGGGUGCGGCUGCGCGGGAUGACGCGCGCCGCAGCGGCCCUGGGAAUUCAGACGGCGGCGGCAGCAGCUCCCGAGGCUGCGGUGGCAGGUGCAGCGGAGGCGGAACCCGAUCUUGACGAGAUCCCGCCCACACAGCUGACGCCGCCGCAGCCAGGCGUCAACCCCGUCGAGCUUGCGUGCGCUCGCGCAGUCGCGGACUUCUGGUCGCGGCUGAUGCAGUUCGCGCAGCUCGGCGUGCCCCAAAAGGGCUGGGAUGGUGUUGACGCCACUCACCCCAUCCUGGCGGUGGUGAACGGUGAAAUGCUGUGCGCGAUGCCGCAAGCUAUGGAGCUGGAGGCUUGAAAGGGAUCAGCCCUUAGGAGAAGCGCGUGAGCACUAACAUGAGCCACUGAAGCAGUGGCAUACGAGAGGGUCAGCGGGGGAGCUAAGUGGGCAGGCGAAGGGUUUUUUGUUUUACGCCCGUGGGAGCAGGGCCAGGUUUGUGGGGUUUUUAUGCCUGAGAGGGUGUGUUGGGUGCUGCAACACCCCGGGCCUUACGGCCUGGAUCGGCCUAGUGGCCAGACGCGUUUGUGGCUGCCCUUAGGCAUAGUCUGCCCUGGCGUCGAGAGCUGGUUAGGUUGCGGUUGAGGUCGUGCAGGCUGCGGGGUCGCAGGACUCAGCCCCACAGCCACUGUGGUCGUGCUAUCGCGUGCUGUCGUGUGCUGCGUGCUGCGUGUUUUGUUAUGUUUGCUGUUUUUUUUGUUUUCUGCCCACCUGGUCUUAAGAUGUAGCUCGUCCUGGGUCUGGGUCUGAGGUUGUUACACCGGUAGUAAUUCCGCAAGGGUUACUGGCGCGGUGAAGGGUCGGAGUGCGUUACCCUGUGGACUCCAGAGCUGUUUGCGCUCUGCCGGGGAAACGCCAGGUCACGGCAGCCCUCGAUUGAGAGCCCUGUCGUUGGUUAUACCAGAUUCACGAUUCACGUGAUCUAUCUGGCAGAAUAAC